GUGUGUGUGAGGAGAAAACAUUGGUUCGGCUCCUCAUUUGGAUGCCACUGGGCUCCACGACCCGCGCCGCUGCGGCCGAUGGAAACGAGACACCCGAGAAAAUGUGCGCGAAUGUGUUCGGAGUUUUGAAAAGCCUGUUUGGGAAGCCCUUUGAUGGUGGCAAGAGGAUGGACCAUGGCGUCCCCCAGCAGCAGCACCCGGCGGAGCAGCAGCAGCACCCCGCCAUGAUGCGUCUGUACGAGGUGCACAAGGAGGUGGCGUCUCUGGGGCCCCAGGUGUGCAACUUCAGCGGCCUGCAGGCGGAGCGCGACUACAAGCGCCUGGAGCGCGAGCUGACGGCGCUGCUGCUCGCCGUGGACCAGGUGGACACGGAGGGGAGGGCGGAGCUGCAGGGGGCGCGCAAGCGGGCGGCGCAGGAGGUGGAGGGCCUGCUGCGCUACCUGGAGGAGAACGCCACCCACCCGUCCCGCGGCGCCAUCGAGGAGCUGAGCGACGAGGCGCGGCGGCUGGUGGACGAGCGCGUGGUGGCGCCGCAGCGCUCCGGCGGCGCGCCGGAGAUCAACGACGAGCUGGUGGAGGCGCUGCAGGUGAUGGUGCUGAAGCUGACGCAGGUGAAGACGGAGGGCCGCGUGCCGCUGCGCAAGGCGCGCUACCGGGCGCUCACGCGGCUGUGCGCCGUGCAGGCCGUGGUGGAGGGCCGCACGCCGCAGCAGACGCUGUCGCUGCCGCUGCCGGGCGACACCCACCGGGCCGUGCACCGCAUCAACCAGGUGAUGGCCAAGGUGAGCGUGGCGCGCGGCCACCUGGUGGCGCUGCUCAUGGGCCUGAGCGGCCGGGACAGCUGCGCCCACUUGAACCGCCUCCUCACGGAGAUGCAGGCGGAGCUGGACGCCAUGGACGUGUCCGGCAACGCGGCCAUCAGGAACUACAGGAAGCAGGUGGUGGAGGAGAUCAACGGGCUGCUGAAGCACCUGGACCUGGAGGGGGAGGGGGAGGACACGCGCAGGUACGACCUGGGGCAGAACGAGUCCAUCCGUGAGAUCGAGGCGGUGCGCGCCCACGUGUCCCACCUGCGGGACGGCGUGCUGCGGCACUGCGUGGCGGGCGACCUGAGCUUCAGGCCCAAGGCCGAGCUGCAGGGCCUCCUCACCCACCUGGACCAGGUGGACACGGCCAAGAACCCGUGCAUCCGAGAGGCCCGGCGCCGCGCCGUGGUGGAGGUCCAGGCCAUCAUCACCUUCCUGGACCUGCGCGAGGCGCUGACGCGCCGCCAGCCGGGCCCCGCCGAGCUGCCGGCGCACCGCGCCGUGUGGCUGGUCCUGGGGAGCCUCUCGGACCUGCAGGCCCAGGCGCUCGCCUUCAACGGCCGGCGGGUCGACAAGAGCUACAUCCUGCUGGAGGAGCUGCUCACCAAGCAGCUGCUGGCGCUGGACGCCGUGGACCCGCAGGGCGACGACAACACCAAGAUGGCGAGGAAGCAGGCGGUGAAGUUCGCCCAGAACAUUCUCAACUACCUGGACAUGAGGACGGACGGGUGGGAGUACUGAGAGGGGGAGGAGCCAGAUGAGUGUAAAUAAACAACAAACAAACCCAGACUGGUACCGUAUCAUUCCACGGGCUGUAGAUAUGGACUCAACAUACCCAGAAUGCACUGCAGCAGCGCUUUUUCUUUUGUCUCUCGGCUGAGAAGAACACGGAACUCCUUCUGGGAAAACUUGAGAUCCUUUGAGCGCUUGUUACGAUUUCUGUCUAAAUCUCCCAGAUAUGCGUCUGUUGUUUGGUGUGUGUGUGUGUGUGUGUGUGGUUGUUGAACCCUGCAGCCCUGUAAUCAUGCCUGUGAAGUGGGCGUGUCCUCCAGACUGCAUUGAUAUUGAUGAAGAGGGCGUGUCCUCAAGAAUGCAUUGAUAAAGUGGGCGUGUCCUCCAGACUACACAGGAUGUUUGAGGCCCCUCCCCCCCUUAGCUGUCUGUCUGUACAUGUUGUGACUUCCUGUGAUCCACUCGCCUGUAAAUGGAUCAGGUUUUUUAUUCAGAGAUGGAAGAGGAGGAAUCUUUUUGCUGCUGCUGUUAUUUGUUUCUACUGCUUUAUAGUGGAGAAGUGACUGAAGAAGAGGAUGAAGAGGGGUGAUGUGUGGAAGAGAGAACCCCAAAAAUCUCUGUGCCUUUAUUUUCCCUCGAGAAGGAAUUUGCACUUCUCGUCAGAAAUUGAGGCUCUUUCGAAAACACAAACAAACAAAAUGAGGGACAGGUGAGGCCAACAAUAAUAAAAAUAACGAGUCACAUUGAGCUUUUCACAACAACAACAAGUUGUUAUCAUUACUGAUUCACUUCCCAGCUUUCUGCUCAACUCAGUUAAAACAUUAUUUUUUUGUUUUGAGAUUAAUUCAAAUAUAUUUAAUAUAUUGAGAAUAGUACUGAAGUGCAGUCUUUAGGUACUUUCAGUAUGUACAUUUCUCCUAUUAAACGUUUUACUCCUCUACAUUUAUAUAAUAUUUAAUUUGCAGUCCCUGAUUAUUAAUACAAACUGAUACAUUCUGAUGUAUUAUUCCAGAUUAAACUACGCAGCAGUAUUUUAAAGCAAUUUAAAUUAUCUUAUUUAUUCUGAACGGAGCCGUUCUGCAUCGGGAGAACUUCAAGUCGACUUUGAUGCGAGAACAUUGAAUGAAGGACUUUUACUUUUAAACAAAUUAGUUUCUAGAGUUUCUAUUUAAAUUUAUGAUUUCAUGGAUUCAUUGUUGAGAAGAAAAAUGAAGAAUAUCACCAGAUUUAUGUUUUAAUAGAAUUAAAAGUAAAGAAAGUCGACUCCUUCAAAUACCGUUCAUAAAAUAACUUUUCUCCACCCGGACGUCUUGGAUUCCCCCCCCACACACACACACACACACACACACAUUGAAUGUUUCGUUUGUUUUCAUCAGACCAAAGUUUGACUGAAUCUGUUUGAGGAGCCGGUUGCACCAGCUGACGUAGCACAUAUCUGAGGUACUUAUACCUCCGUUAAAUGUUAUUUAACUAUUUUAUUUCACUACGUAUAUUUAUAACAGCUUUGGUAACGUUUCACUGGAAGAUUGUAAUGCACAAAACGUGCAAUAAGUUUAUGAAAUAUGAUCCAUUUCGACACUAAACUAGUAUUCUAAGUGAAAGAAUGAUCCAGCGUUCAUAUUUAUAUUCAUGAUUAUGACCAAAUAGAAUCCCAUAAUAUGCUACAACACUUGCUCCACAUUGAGUACUUUAUCUUAGUUGCUAAUAAUGCAACUUUACGUUUGACUAAUUUUUAAUGCAGAGCUUGAACUUGAGUAUUUCUACACUUAUUAAUACUUUUUCUUUAGUAUAUUUUAAUACUUCUUCCACCACUGAAUUAAUGUUAAACCUCUUGAAAUAAAACAUUUUUUUGACAGAGCCAGGUUUGCAGUUGCCCCUUUUCCAAUCUUAAUGCUAAGCUAAUUUAGCAGGCUGCUAACGGUAGCUUCCUAUUGAACGUGAAGACCCCCGAGAGACGCGUCUAUCUUCUCGGCUGACCGUUGGCAAGACAGCCAACAGGAGUAAUGUACAAAAUGUCAAACUAUUCCAUUUAAUUAUGUUUUAGCAACUUUUAGCUGGUGCAACAUGGCGCUCCAUCCAGCUGCCGAUCCUACGACGCAGGAAGAAGGUUGAUUGUUUAAAUGUGGCGAAAUAUAUGAAAAAGAAAGAAAAAAGAUGAUUUUAGAAAGUAAAAGCACCAGAAAGGAGACAAUUAACUUCCUGAGCUUCAGCUGAAGGUCGUUUUAUUUAAAGCUUUUCUUACUGUUCCUGAGUCGCUGUGGUUUUUUGCUGAUUCGCUGUUCUCACAGAAACGUGUUCUGUAUCAAAAGGUUAUUGCAUCUGAUUUAUUUUCUGAAGUCGCCUUUAGCUGCAUUGAUUGUUCGGCUUCUGCUGCUUCUUCAGACGCGCUUGUACAAAUAAAAAUAAAAGCACACAGACUGAAAACAAACCCAAAAAAAACAAGGUUGUGUGAAUGCUCCUGGAUGGUUGUUUUGAAUUUGUAUUCCCACUGCAAAAUAAAGACGGCGUGUCUUGAUCAGUG